AUGGCCCGCAUCGUCAACAUUGUACCCUGGGACGAUGACUCCGCCCACUUGUAUGCUUCCCCAGCCAUCCUACUCCCUCUGGAGCAUGUGCGCUACCCACUUGCUGGUGUGAAGGACCAGCUCUACCACCCAGGCCUGCCUACCCUGCGGCGCAUGGAUAUGGACACUAUUAAGGGUUGCCUCUCGGAUGAGCACUGCCAAUCUUCCACUUACUGCACCAAAGAUGAUUUUAACAGGGCCCACUUCACACUACUGGGAAUCCCCAACAAACCCCUGCAAUGCCUGGACUUAUCAGCGACCGGCCAGAAGCUCUGUCACAAGUACCGAGAAGGAAAGAUGGUGCCCAUUGCUCCAGGCAUCAACCGGGUCGACUGGCCCUGCUACACGCAUGCCAUCGAAGACUGGUCUAAAUUCGUAUCCAGGUCCGGGGAGUUCAAACUGCCUUGCGCCAACAAGAAGGUGGGGAGUUUCAGUGGCUACGCGGUGCGGUACUUGAAGCCUGACUUGACCCAGAACUGGCGGCAGCUGCUGGGGUCCGCGCCCUGUGGGCUUACAGGUCCCUAUCCCUGUGGCCUGCCCCAGUACUGCCUCAACCAGAACCCCAGCCUGGACCGCUACGGACAGAAGCCCCUGCCUUUCGACUCGCUGAACGCGUUCCGACGCUUUGGCUCCCACUACAGUCGCAUCAACUAUCUGACUCCCUGGCAUUAA